AUGCGUUUCUUGACUCUCGCCGCGCCUGUCAUGGCCCUCCUCGCUGCCACUGCCUCUGCUGGUCUUAUUAAGCGUGAUGCAACCUCCGACGCCCUUCUCGCGAGCCUCAAGGACCUCACACAGCGAACUCAAAAGCUCACGCCUGUCGUCGCUGCUAUUCAGUCCCCCGUGGGCGGUCUCCUCAAGAGACAAACAAAUCCCUUCCAGCCUGUCAUCGAUGGCUUCCAAGACUUCGACAAGAAGGCACAAGCCGAUAUCGAAGCUAUGCCUCAGACUGGAGCUCCCAUCUCUGGGGAGGCUGCUCAGAAGGAAGUUUGCACAGCCUUCACUGCUUUUGUUGCCGCUCAUCAAGAGACGCUCAAAUACGUUAUCGGCAAGUCUGGUCUUCUUGAGGGUAUUUUCCUGGGACCCGUUGCCGCCGUGCUACGUCAACAUGAGAACGUCCUCGAUACAUUCGCUUUUGGUUUGAUUGACGUCGUGGACAGCUGUCAACAAGACGCUACUCAGAAGAAGAGCAGCUUGGACGACACUCUUGGAAAGGCCAUCUGCGCCUACACACCUGCAGGCACACUGGGUCUCAAUCUGUUCUGUUAG